GUAAGUGAUAUUAACAUAAAAAAACUAAGUUAGUCUCUUAACAUGAAUAUAUCAAGUUGUGAAUUAGUCUACAUUCGUUCAAAAUACAAGUCAUUUCGAUUUUUUUUCUUAACAAGCUUUAUCUAAGUGGCUCAACAAAUCUUGUUAUGCAGACCCACACAACAUACAAUUUGUUCGUUAUAUUUACGCUGCUCCGACUGCGCCCCGUGUGGUGCAUUCUGGGUAGCAAACUAGUUCAAACCGCUUGUCUCAGGACCGUUGAGGGGAGAAGUUCCAGAACGUGGAGACUGAAGAUUACGGUGAUUUAUCGUGUCAAGCACGCUGGAUGAAGACGGGGAGAUUUUGCUACUACACAGAAGCUGGGUCCUUAAAUUGGCGUCUCACUGAAUCUCCCCGGUGACUCCUAUCCUGACCUCCUCCAAAUAGACCACCCCUUUCCAUCCAAGCCUGAAGGUACUUGGAUCUAAACUCUGGAUUUUUUUCUUAAUGGGAUGGAUUUGCAAGAUCUGUACCUAUGCUGCCCCUGAAACAAAUGAACUUUUGAGGCACUACAGGUUAAGGCACGACCACAGCGAAUUUCUUCCCUGUUUACAUGCUGAUUGCCCCUGCUCCUUCAAAACAUGGAAUACCCUCAAAUCACAUUUGUCAAGGAAACAUCCAACUAACAAGUCAACACCAGAAGUGAUUUGUUUCAGUUGUGAACUUUGCAGUUCUAGUUUCUCAACUGAGAAGGAUUUUUUCCAACAUCUUGCAGUUCAUCUUAGGAAAAAUCAAACUGUGCACUGUGUCUUCAGAGAAUGUGAUUUUUCUACAAAUGUGUUUGGAACCUUUGCAUCACACAGAUCCCGAAAACACUCAGCACAUUCUUCAAAUGACUUCCGAGCCCAAAUUGUACACAAGUAUAUAGAUCGGUCAAAUAGUACAGAUGAUAUUGCUGAAGCACAUUGCUCUGAGGCGUACGAGUGUUCAAGAGCACAUGACUGUUCAGGAGAAUAUGAACCUGAAGAAUUGAAAGAAGAAGAAAUUGAACUGAAGUUGGGCCACCUUUUAUUGAAAUUAGAGAGCAUUUACAAUGUGCCAAGCAAGUGCAUUACUGAAGUAGUAGCUGAGCUCCAGGUUUUAUCUUCUGUGGUGUCAGGUCCUGCCAUAAGAAAAAGUGUAAACUCAUGUUUAAGGAAACAUAACUGUGUGCUUGAUGACUUAGUAGUCUCUGAUUUAGUCAAACAGUUGAGUGAGUCAAACCCCAUUAGCACAGCUUUAAGAUCUGAUGGUCCUCUAGCUACAACUUUCAAAAGACGGGAGUUCUUUAAGAAGACAUUUCAUGUAGUUGAGCCUGUUGAGUACAUUCUUGACAAGAAGGAAGGUCGAACCUUGCAAUAUGUUCCCAUUCUUCAGUCUUUGUCACAGAUAUUAAGCCUGAGUGACAUACAGGAGAAAGCUUUCAACUCUUCAUACACUUCUCACGAGGGCAGAUAUGAGUCAUUUCAUGAUGGAACACAUUUUAAAGAAAAUCCAUUUUUAGCCACUGAAAACAUAACUCUUCCUCUACUUCUCUACAUUGACGAUUUCGAGGUGUGCAAUCCCCUGGGAACAUCCCGCAAAAAACAUAAAAUUACUGCAGUGUAUUGGGUAUUGGCAAAUAUUCCACCACAGUUUCGUGCUACACUGAAGUCAAUUUAUUUAGCUGUGCUUUGCAAGGCUACAGAUGUGAAGAAGUACGGUUAUGAGGCAGUGCUUGAGCCACUUUUAAAAGAUCUUGUCCAGUUGGAAGAAGAAGGGCUCUUUAUUCCUGCGCUUGGAAAAAAAAUUAAAGGCACAAUAGUUAGUGUAGUAGCUGACAAUUUAGGUGCCCAUUCCAUUGGUGGCUUUGUGGAAAGUUUUUCUGGAUCUCAUGUCUGCCGGUUUUGUUUGGGAGCGCUCUCCGAGUUUCAGAAGAAAGAAGUAAGAGCUGGAUCCUUCCGAGCAAGAACAAGGCAGGAACAUUCUCUUCAUGUUCAAACAGCUUCAGAAAAUCCCACUCUCACUCAUUGCUUCGGUGUGAAAAGGCAGUGUCCCUUAACUAAUAAAUUACAACAUUUUCAUGUUUUGUCAGGAUAUCCACCAGACUUGCUCCAUGACCUGUUCGAGGGAAUAGUGCCUCGGGAGUUGGCUCUGUGCCUAAAUGAUCUGAUUAAGAAAAAAUACUUCACUUUAUUUCAAGUCAAUGACCUCAUCAGACAGUUCCCCUACAAGUGGACUGACAAAACUGACAGCCCACAGCCUGUCCCGCUGAACUUUGCCACCCGAAGGAGUGUGGGAGGAAACGCUCAUGAAAACUGGUGCCUGUUGCGCCUGCUUCCUCUCAUCAUUGGUUUCAAAGUCCCAGAGAGCGAACCAGCAUGGCAUCUCCUAAUGGAUCUGAAAGACAUCGUUGAACUAGUUGUUUCUCCAGUUCACACAGAUGAAACAAUUAGACACCUUGACAUUAAAAUAGCAGAGCACAGGCAUAGAUACCUUCAGGUUUUUCCAGAGGCAAAACUUCUGCCAAAGCACCAUUUUCUAGAGCAUUAUCCCCAGCUCAUCAAGGCCUUUGGACCGCUAGCAGCUCUGUGGACGAUGCGCUUCGAAGCUAAGCACAGUUUCUUUAAGCGAGUCGUUCGACAUACCAGCUGUUUUCGGAACAUUUUACUAUCUCUGGCUGUUAAACAUCAGUUCAUGCUGGCUUACCAUUUUCAUGGCACAGACAUACUGAAACCUGCCCUCAGUGUCUCAAAUCUGUCCACAGUGCCUGUGGAUGUCCUCAAGGAAAACAUACAGGAAGCAGUGCAAAGAAAAUUUCCUGGAGAGACGUGUGUUCAGGUGACCAAUACUGUGACUUGCUAUGGCACCUGUUACUCAGUGGGAAUGAUCUUGCCCUACGGAUCAACUGGAGGGCUUCCAGACUUUGUUGAACUAAAUCUAAUCCUCGUUAUGCGUGGUCAGCUUGCAUUUGCUGUCAAGUGUCUUCAUUCCUGGUACUGGGAGCACCUUAGGGCAUUUGAAUUGGAAUCCACAAGACAAGUGACAAUCCUUGAGCAACAGGAAUUAACAGACUCCUACCCUCUUGCAGCAUAUGCUUUUGAGCAAAGGCGAUUUGUCACCUUGAAGCGUCACAUUCCCAUUCAAGAUUAGAAUAAUCAACAUGUCUGCCCGACUUCGAGUCAUACUACAGGAGGAAAUUCGCAAGCUUUCCUUGCCCUGCGGAAUCCCGGCGACCGUGGAGGAAUUGAAGCAUAUUGUACAGGACACAUUUGAAAUUGAACAAGAUUUUAGUUUGCAGUUCCAGGACCAAGAAUUUGAUGGUCAAUUUUUCACUCUCCUGGAAACAAAUGAAGUAAAAGACAAAGACACCAUCAAGGUGGUUCUUACUGCACCAGUGAUCACACUAACAUUUGAAGAUUCUUUGAAUGCCAAAGGACUCCAGGAGAGCUUUGAUAGCAGUUGCGCUGAGUCAUCAGAAGUUCCAGUUCUUCCCAGCCAUCCAGUGAUACCAUACUUCUGAUUUCUCCAGAGAGCACCUCCUCUCUUCGUUCGUCGUCUUGGCCAGCUCAGUUUGAGAUUCCUACCUUCUCCUUUGACACAGAGCUCAUUCUACAAGCUGCAAAUGCAGCUUACAGAAAGGAUGGAACCCUACUCAGCAACCCCUCAGUAAAACCCAAUAUUCUAGACAAACUAGCAGACAGCAUCUUUGUCUACACUGCCUAUCCUUCACGAGCACAAAGGGAGCAGGUUGCUGAGGCCCUGGUCAUGAAACACCCGUGUUUGAGGGACCCAGUGUCAUCCAAUGGUAUAUAUGGUUGGCAGAACAGCCUGAAAUACAAGGUUGGCAAUUUCAGAGCAAAGGUGAAACACCUUGGAUUACCAGAACUAAAUGUAAACUGUCGGAAGAUAAAAUCAGCUGCAGAUGGACCACCAACUAAAAGCUUGAAAAAAGCAAAGAAAUCCGAGGUAAACUAUCUCCCACCACAUCCUCAAGGUGAAACUGAUGAAACCCUUGAAAAGGAGAGAGUAGAGCUUCUCUAUGAGUACAAGAAGAGAGACAACACCAAAAUCAUCAAUGAAAAGAUGGUGAAAACCUUUUCAUUACGUCGAAAUGAUGUAAUCCUCAAUAAACCCGCUGUGAUUGACUUCAAAGCUCGAUGGCCUGCCAUGUUUGAGCUUUCCCAGAUCGAAGAGGAAUUCCGUAGGAUCACACUGAAGCCACUACAGUCCACAUUCCUGGGGAAGUUGGACCAAUGCACGCCCAGACUGUUGAGCCUCUACAGGAGGAAGGGAGGCGCUGUUGGGAAGAAACUUGAUGAGACCCUUGACAUGUUAAAUGAGGACAACAGCAUUGAGUCCAGAAGAGAAGCUGUGAUCAGAGGCCUCAUUCUCUACCUUGGUGAAAAGACGGAGGAGCUAAUCAAGGACUACAAGGUUUUUGAUGAUGACGAUGUUGGGACUGUACAAGAGGCCCUUACUACACAAGUCCUCAACAUCUUUGUGGUCAGCAAAGCCAGAGAUGGAGAUCUCCAGAAGCAGGCUGGAAUAGCCAUCGAGGGAGCAGAGGUCCUUUUUGGUAUCCCUGAUGUUGCACAUGCUUGUACCUACCUGAUGGGCCUCAUCUACGCCUUGGAACUAAGGUACCCUAACAAACUGAAAUACACCUUUGAGGUUUUUCAGAAGAUUUUUCUAGAGCUGGAGGAUGUCAACCAAAAGGUGUCCUCCAAGGUCCACGAUCUGAAGGUCAGUUUACAUGCCUAAAAGCCAUACAGACAUUGCUGAAGCUCCCUCUUGUCAAGGUUUACCGUUGUUGGUUAUACAUUGCACUUUCACAGGUUUUCCAAAAAGCACUUCCUCGGGUUACAUUUUUAAGCGUGUGUAUGCUGCUUAAAUUAGUUUUGUGUAAACUCGGCUCAGAUGUUUGUCAGAUGUCUGCACUUUAAAUGGCUGAUAGAAAUCAGUUCAGUUCAAGGGAGUCAUUGUAAGUGACCUUAGGUGUAUUUUUCAAGCAGCUUUUCAGGUACUGCUACCGGAGGCAGAUCUACACAGAAAACUCUGUACAGUUUUAUAUUUUGUGAGGUACUGUGUUUUCUGCAUUAUCAAUGUAUUGGUCAGAUUUUGAAUGUAACUGUCAUUUGCUUAGGAUGUUCAAACCUUUAAGGUCAGGCUGUCGGUGGGGUUUCAUCCCUGAAAGUGCUUCCUCAGGGUAGACAGAAUUAAUGUUUGUUUUGGAGGACAUUGUAAACUAAUUUAUUGCCCAGUUCAUUGGCAGUAUAUAUUGACAUGAGUUUGCUUGUUUGUGAGAAUUUGUCAGCAAUAAAACAUGUCAAUUUUGGUGACUUAUGACCUCUUGAUUGUGGUGACCCUUUGACCUUUCCUCUAGUGGAACUCUCACACAAUUUGCUGAGUGUACUUAUGAUUUAAAGGGCGUUCACCCUCUUAAUUUUGUUCUUAUGUAAUUUUUUUCCUAGCACCAUGAGGCCAAAAUGUCAAUUAUUAUAUUGGGCAGAUUGACCAACACAUAGAUGAUUGAUGCUUCAUGCUUAAUUUAAGUAGAUCAUCAUAACAAAAAUAUAUCAUGUUUUAUCUACUUUAAAAAAGUAAGGCAACUUUUUGCAUCAUUUUAUCACAUAGAUCAAACAAGAGUAGUCUUUGUAUGUACAACAUUACUUUUGCUAGUAACAUCAACUUACUUUUGCUAGUAACAUCAACUUACUUUUGCUAGUAACAUCAACUUACUUUUGCUAGUAACAUCAACUUACUUUUGCUAGUAACAUCAACUUACUUUUGCUAGUAACAUCGACUUACUUUUGCUAGUAACAUCAACUUACUUUUGCUAGUAACAUCAACUUACUUUUGCUAGUAACAUCGACUUACUUUUGCUAGUAACAUCAACUUACUUUUGCAAGUGAAGACAACUUAAUACCAUUGAGUUGACUUUAUUUGCAAAAGUAAGUUGACAUCACCUGCAAAAGUAAGUUGACUACUUGCAAAAUGAAUGUUGCACAUACAAAGACUACUCUUGUUUGAUCUACAGGAUAAAAUGAUGCAAAAAGUUGCCUUACUUUUUUUAAGUAGAUCAAGCACUUUAUUUUUA